UCCAGAGCGGACCGUCUUUCCGUGGAACUACCGAGGCCCAGGCGAGCGGGUGUGCGCGGCGCCGUGGGCGGGCAGGCCCGCGCGGGAUGCGAGAGGGACGGGAGUACGCGGAAAAGAGGCCACUAAACUUUAAGAUGAGGAAAGUUGAUCUCUGUUUGAGCUCUGAAGGGACUGAAGUGAUUCUGGCUACAUCGAAUGAUGAAAAACACCCCCCUGAAAAUAUCAUCGAUGGAUUUUUCUUGGACACUGAAGUAUAUAAACAUUGUUACUUCCUAUCUGCCUGUUUCCUUACUGCCCUGAGCAAGGUCUUUGCUGAGCUGAAUGCCUCACUUCCUGCCCUCCUCCUGCACUGCACUGAUGCUUCAUGCCAGUUUCCACUCGUUCCAGGGCUGGAGCUUAUUCUAGGAAUUCAGAAACAUUUUGGACCACCACGGGAAUGUUUCCUCAGGAGUUCAUUAUUUGUUUUCACAAACAUGUAAAGAUUGAAAAGCUUGUAAUCCAAAGUUACUUAGUCUCCUGGUGCCAGCCACUGGCCAGCUCCAAAGAGAAGCGAGUAGGGAAGUUAGUUCAGGAGAUGUAGACCACAGGACUCAGCCCCUCUGCCACAGAACAAGACAGAGGAGGGGAAGAAUGAAUCUGGGGGUCAGGUGGGGACAAUGGAGAGAAAACUACGCAGAAGGGAGAUGACCGUGUGCUUGGUAUGUCCCUAUCAUUAAUUACGCAGGCUCCAGAGCCAGACACAGGAGUUCCAGUUCUGGCAUUUGCUAGCUCUAGCUCAUGGGAUGCCUUGCCUAGCUUCUGUAAGUCUCAUCAGAAGAGUAAGCUAUUCAUAUCUUUUCUCCUAAGACUGAAGCCAAGAGCAAAUGAGUAAAUUUGCCUGAGUCAAAGCAGGUUCUCCAUAAAAGAGAGACUAAGAUCUCCAGUAGUGUUGUUGUGACAAGUGGAUGAAGCUCUAGAUGAUAAAUUCAGAAAAGUACUACUAGAUUUGUGUUGUAUAGUUAUAAAUGUUGGUAAGAUUUCCAUUAUGCAAUGUCGUACUUUGUCUUAGGGAUUCCUGGAAAAACAGAGUAAUAGCUUCCAGGGCUUGUUAUUCCUGAUCCCAGCACUCUGUGUAGAUCCACCAGUCUAUGACAGUCUUAGGCAGAAGGAGAAGAAAUACAGAGACUACAUAGAAUUAAGUAGCUAAUUAAUAUUUAUUUAUUUUAUUUAUUGA